GCCCCGCAGCUGCCUCCCGCCCCAUAAAACCUGGCAGUGCGGCAGGGCUGGAGCCGAGCUGGGCCAGAGUGCGGUGCCGGUGGUGGCAUGGCUGCGGCGCUGUGGUUGGCCGGUGAGCUCCUGGCCUCCCUCCUGCUCUCUGUGACUGUGGUGGAAGCGGCAACAGGGCGAUGGUGUGAGGAGACGGUGGAGGUGACAGCAGAGGAGGAGGUAACACCACGUCUGGAGGAUUCAGUGCCCUGUGCCAGCCUCUACCACUACAGCCUGGCUGGGUGGCGGAUUGACCGUGACCGCAUGCGCCAGGCCUAUGGUGGGGACCGUGGUGAGCCCCGGCCAGGCUCUGGCAAACCUCUCUGCUACAUCUACCGACCCCCAGAGAUGCGGCCAGUGGUGUGGAACCGGACAGUGCUGGCCUGCUGCCAAGGCUGGAGUGGGCCACACUGCACCGAAGGUGAAGGCUUGCUAGGGCAAUGCUACAGCACAUGGCAGUGCCAGGAAGACAGCAGCAGUCACAACUUCAGCGCCAUGAGCCUGGCCGAGUGCUGCCGGCACCCCUGGGGCCACAGUUGGCGCUAUGGCUCCACAGCACCCUGCCUGGCCUGCACCCGCCUGCCUCUCACUGGUGGGUCCAAGGGUCCCAGAAGGGGUCCCGUCGCCCAGCACCGUGGUGCUGGGGCCGAGUGCCUGUCCUGGGCUGGGUCCCGUUACCGCACCUUCGACCGGCGCCACUUCCACUUCUCCGGCCACUGCCUCUACAGCCUGGCCACUGCCACGGAUGGCACCUGGGCCAUCACCAUCGCCGCUGGCCAGCACCGGGCGCUGCGCAUGACCUUCGGCGUGGACACGGUGACAUUGUGGGGCCGGAACGUCUCGGUGAACGGCGUGGUGGUGCCCGAGGGGCAGCCGUACCUGUACAGCGGGAUCACUGUCACCUGGCUGGGUGAUUGGGUGUCUGUGGCCAGCGGGCUGGGCGUGAGGGUGGCAUCGGACGGGUACCAGGCAGUGACGGUGAUGGUGGGCGCCGAGCUGCGGGGCAGCACGAAGGGGCUCUGCGGCACCUACAACGAUGACCCUGCUGAUGACUUCCAGCGGCCGCGGGGGGACGUGGCCGCCUUUGCCUCCAGCUUCGGCAACUCCUGGAAGGUCCCGGGUGCCAGGUCGGAGUCUAACUGCAGGGACGCGGUGGAGCCUGGCCCUGGUUGUGCCAUGGGCACUGUGGUGCAGCGGGCAGCCGAGGCCAGCUGCGGCAAGCUGCUGGCCGAUCCCUUCCGCCAGUGCCAUGAUGAGGUCGACCCUGGUGGUUUUUACGCAGCAUGCCUGGAGCUGUGGUGCCAGGAGGGUGAUGCCAGUACCUUGCCACCAACAACUGUCUGCGACACCUUUGCUGCCUAUGCCCGGAGCUGUGCACGCCACCAGACCUACCUGGACUGGCGCCAGCCUGGCUUCUGCGAGCGCAGCUGUGCCACAGGGCAGCGUUUCUCUGACUGCAUUUCAUCAUGCCCCCCGAGCUGUGCCAGCAUGGGCAGUGCUGAGGUGGGGCCAUGCCACCAUGACUGUGCUGGUGGCUGCGAGUGCGUGCCAGGGCUCUACCGGGAUGGGGGGCUCUGUGUGCCCCCUGCAGCCUGCCCCUGCCACCACCGACGCCAGCGCUAUGCCCCUGGGCAGAGCAUCCGCCAGCACUGCAACCUCUGCACAUGCCAGGGCGGGCGCUGGCUCUGCGGGCAGGAGCGAUGCCCGGCAGAGUGCGCAGUGCUGGGAGGCCGCCACUACAUCACCUUUGACCGCCGUCGCUUCUCCUUCCUGGGCAGCUGUGCCCACAUCCUGGUGCAGGACUUCGUGGAGGGGCAGCUGCUGAUCACGGCCGAGCAUGAGGCUUGUGCUGACCAUCAGACCUUUGCCUGCCACCGUGCCCUCUCUGUCAGUGCCCGACGGACCUCCGCCCGCCUCCGUGGCACAGGCGAGGUGACAGUGGACGGGCGGGAGGUGGCAUUGCCCUUCUCUGGAGCUGAGCUGAGCAUCCGCCGUGCGUCCUCCUCCUUCCUGCUGCUCCAGACCUUCGGGGCCCACGUGCUGUGGGGGCUGGAGACCCCCAACAUCUACAUCACCCUGCAGCCAACCUUUGCUGGCAAGGUCCGAGGCCUCUGCGGCACCUACAACUGGGACCAGCAGGACGAUUUCACCACACCAGCAGGGGAUGUGGAGCUUGGCAUCAUUGCCUUCACCAACAAGUUCCAGGUGCCUGGCACCUGCCCAGCUCCUAGCCCUGUGCCUCUCGACUCUUGCGAUGCCUUUGCUGGGCAGCGGGAACUGGUUGAGGCUGCCUGUGCCAUCCUGCUUGGCGCCACCUUCCAGCCCUGUCACCAGCUGGUGGAUCCAGAACCAUUCCUGGAGCUGUGCCAGGCUGAGGCCUGUGCCUGCCAGGAUUUGCUGCAGUGCCUGUGCCCAGUGCUGGCUGCGUAUGGCCGGGAAUGUGCCAGGGAUGGGGCUGAGCUCACCUGGAGGAACCAGAGCUUCUGCCCUGCACCAUGUGCUGGGGGCCAGCUGUACCAGGACUGUGGCCAGGUCUGCAGCCAGAGCUGUGCUGAGAUGAGGCUGGAUGGGGCCAGGGACUCCUGCCAGGAGCUGCCUGGGCUCUGCGUGCCCGGCUGCCAGUGCCCUGCCGGGCUGCUGCUGGCACAGGAAGGACAAUGCGUGCCCCCGUCUGCCUGCCCCUGCCGCCAUGGCACCCAGCUCCACCCACCCGGUACCCACCUCCGGCGAGGCUGCAGUGACUGCGUCUGCACCGGCGGCUCCUGGCGCUGUGCCGAAGGACCCUGCCCCAUGGCUGCCCUCUGCCCGGGGGGGCUGCUCCAUGCCCCCGGCUCCUGCUUGCGCCGCUGCGACAGCACCGAGCCCAACGGCACCUGCGCCGGCAUCGCCGACGGCUGCGUCUGCCCCCCCGGCACCGUCUACCUGGAUGGUGGCUGCGUGGCACCGGACGAAUGUCCCUGUGCCCAUGGCGGGCAGUUCUACCGGCCCAAUGCCACCAUUCUCCAGGACUGCAACACCUGCGUGUGCCAGCGGCAGCGGUGGCACUGUGGGCAGGAGGCAUGCGCAGGAACGUGCGUGGCAACAGGGGACCCCCACUACAUCACCUUCGAUGGCAGAGCCUUCACCUUCCCAGGGGACUGUGAGUACCUGCUGGCACGGGAGGCCAGCGGGCUCUUCACUGUCACUGCUGAGAACGUGCCCUGUGGCACCACCGCUGUCACCUGCACCAAGUCGGUGGUGGUGGUGAUGGGCAACACCGUGGUGCAUAUGCUGCGAGGGAGAGAUGUGACAGUGAACGGGGUCUCAGUGAGACCCCCCAAAGUCUAUGGUGGCACCGGGCUGGCACUGGAGCGUGCUGGGGUCUUUGUCCUGCUCCUGUCCCGCCUGGGACUGGCUGUGCUCUGGGAUGGAGGUACGAGGGUUUAUGUCCGGCUGGAGCCGCGGCACCGGGGCCGAGUGGCUGGGCUGUGUGGGGACUUUGACGGCGACGCCGAGAACGAUUUCCGCAGCCGCCAGGGGGUCCUGGAGCCCAGUGCCCACCUCUUCGCCAACUCCUGGCGCCUCAGCCUGCUUUGCCCAGAGGUCGAUGGCACAGAUGCCCAGCACCCCUGCACUGAGAACCCUCACCGGGCACCGUGGGCUCGCCGGCGCUGUGCCAUCCUUCAACAGCAACUUUUUGUGCCGUGCCACGACGCUGUUCCGUGCCAACGCUUCUACGACUGGUGCCUUUUCGACGCCUGUGGCUGCGACUCCGGAGGGGACUGUGAGUGCCUGUGCACAGCCAUCGCCGCCUACGCCCAGGAGUGUGCCCGACACGGUGUCCACGUCCCGUGGCGCAGCCAGGACCUGUGUCCCCUGCAGUGCAAUGGGGGGCAGGAGUACAGCCCAUGUGGCCCCUCUUGCCCCCCAACCUGUCGUGGCCUCGGCCGGGAGCCCCCCGAGUACUGCCGUGACCUGCCCUGCCUGGAGGGCUGCUUCUGCCCCACGGGAACAGUGCUGCACGAUGGCCGCUGCUUGCACCCCACUGAGUGCCCCUGCUUCUGGGAUGGCUUUGCUUUCCCAGCCGGUGCUGCUGUGCAGCAGGGCUGCAAGAACUGCACGUGCACAGCAGGACACUGGCAGUGCCCACCUUCACCAGAUCAGUGCCCGCUGGCACCGCGCUGUGCCCCCUGGGAGUUCUCAUGUCGCGCUGAUGGGCGCUGCGUGCCAGGCACCUGGCUGUGUGAUGAUGAGGAUGACUGUGGUGAUGGCUCAGAUGAGGCCUGUGCCCCACGCUGCGCCCCACACCAGCACCGCUGCGCUGAUGGGCACUGCUUGGCAUGGGCUGGGCGCUGCGAUGGCACUGCUGACUGUGCUGAUGGCUCAGAUGAGGCUGGCUGCCCCCCAACCACCUGUCUGCCCCCCAGCUUCAGCUGUGCCAGCAGCCGCUGCCUGCCCCCAGUGCAGGUCUGUGAUGGGCACCUGGACUGUGGGGAUGGAGAUGACUCGGAUGAGGCAGGCUGCAGCCCGCGGUGCGCGGAGGGCGAGUUCCGGUGCGCCGGAGGGCGCUGCGUGCCCUACCCCCAGCGCUGCGACGGCCGCGACCACUGCGGCGACUUCAGCGACGAGCGCGGCUGCGGCUGCCCCCCUGGGCACCUCCAGUGCCCCGAUGGGCGUUGCCAGCCUCCCGCCGCUGUCUGCGACGGCCACCGCGACUGCGCUGACGGCACCGACGAGGCCUUCUGCCCCGAGCGGGCAACGUGCCCCCCCGGACAGCUACCCUGCCCUGAUGGCUCCUGCAUCGGCGAGGCCGCGGUGUGCGACGGUGCCAGCCACUGCCGCGACGGCUGGGACGAGAGCCCGGCAGGCUGCGCUGUGGCACUGCCUGCGGCUGUGCCCACCAUGCCCACCAAUGCCUCGGCAGAGCCGGCGUGUGGCCCCUAUGCCUUCAGCUGCGGCAGUGGGCAAUGUGUGCCACGGGGGUGGCUGUGUGACGGUGAGGCUGACUGCCAGGAUGGCACCGACGAGCUGGGCUGUGCCAGUGACUGCCAGCCUGGCCACAUCCCCUGUGCCCAUGGUGCUGGCUGUGUCCCCUACGACCGCUUGUGUGAUGGCAUCGCCCACUGCCUCGACCACUCCGAUGAGAGCCGCGACCGCUGCGGUUCCAGCGCCAUCCCACUGUGCCUGGGCCGCUUCUCCUGUGAUGAUGGCAUUUGCCUCAACACCUCAAGGGUCUGUGAUGGUGCCACCGAUUGUCCCCGUGGCGAGGAUGAGCUGGCCUGUGAGAGCCAUGUGCCCACCAGUGCCACCAACCGAACCAGGGGUCCCUGUGCCGAAUUCGCCUGUGGUGGGGGCAAGUGCAUCACCUUCCAGCAGGUGUGUGACGGGGUGCCAGACUGCGGCGCUGGGGGUGCCGAUGAGGGGGGCUGCGGGGUGUGGGGACCAUGGGGACCUUGGGGGCCCUGCACCCUUUCCUGCGGGCCCGGCCAGCAGCGCCGCAGCCGUGCCUGUCACCAGCGCCGCGCCGGCAUCCUCCGCCGGUGCCAGGGCCAGGCUCAGCAGGAGCAGCAGUGCUUCAGCCUCGCCUGCCCAGUGGACGGGUCCUGGGAAGAGUGGGGGCCCUGGUCCAGCUGCUCAGGGGGCUGCCAGGGGGUGCGGCUGCGGCGGAGGCUCUGCCGGGACCCCCUCAACGGCGGUCGGGGCUGUGGGGAGCUGCCGGGAGGGGACCCGCAGAGCGUUCAGAUGGGUCCCUGUGCCCCUGGGGGCUGCCCCAACGCCUCCUCCUGCCCGUGGGGUCUGCACCCACGGCCCUGUGCUCCCUGCCCUGCGUCCUGCGCCGAUGUGGCUGCGGGCGCCGACUGCAGGCAUCCCCGGCCCUGCACCCCCGGGUGCUGGUGCGCACCAGGGCUGGUGUUGGAUGCGGGCGAGGUUGGCACCGGGCGGUGCGUGCGGCCACGGGACUGCUUGUGCCAGGCUGAAGGGCUGCGGUACCGCCCGGGGCAGCUGGUGAAGGUCGACUGCCAACUCUGCACCUGCCUGGACGGGCAGCUGCGGCUGUGCCACCCCAACCCCGACUGCGCUGUUCACUGUGGCUGGUCGGCGUGGUCGGCAUGGGGUGAGUGCCCGGGACCCUGUGGCACCCAGAGCGUGCAGUGGUCCUUCCGCAGCCCCACCAACCCCAGCCGGCGUGGCAGCGGGCGGCAGUGCCGGGGCAUCUACCGCAAGGCUCGCAGGUGCCAGACAGCUCCGUGCCGGCAGUGCCGGUACCAGGGCCGCUGGCACAGCUUGGGAGAGCGCUGGCGUGGGGAGCCGUGCCAUGUCUGCCAGUGCCUGCCCAGCCUGGCUGUCCACUGCUCACCAUACUGCCCACUCCGUGCCACCGGCUGCCCACAGGGUCAAGUGCUGGUGGAGGGCCAUGGGGAUGCCUGCUGCUCCUGCGUGCCAGGAGGUGACAAUGUGACAGCUGUGCCCCUGACCCUGGCAACAGAGCCACCUGCUUCUGCCACCACAGUGCCACCAGAGUCCACUGGGAGCCCCCUCCUAACCUUCCCACUGCCUCCCCUGGGUGACCCCUGCUACCACCCAUUGGGCAUCGCCGCGCUGCCCGACAGCAGCUUCAGCGCCUCCACGGCACGGGCUGGCACCCCCGCCCAGGCUGCCCGGCUGCGCCAGGGUGAUGGUGGUGGCAGUGACGGUGCCACUGGGAUGGGGCUGCAGGGUUGGGCACCUGCUGAUGAAGCCCACACGGCACUGUCCACCCAGCAACCCUUCCUGCAGCUGGACCUGCUGGAGCCCACCAACAUCACUGGGGUGGUGGUGCAGGGAUCCGGCUCCUCCGACGCCUUCGUCACUUCCUUCCUGCUGCACUUCAGCGAUGAUGGCACCCACUGGCACCGCUACCGCCAGCUCACCGACGGUAACUGGGCAGCGGGCACGCCGGCGGUGCGGCUGCUGGGCCGCAUGGUGCAGGCGCGGCACCUCCGCAUCGUGCCCAGGGGGUUCCACCACCACAUCGCCCUGCGUGCCGAGCUGCUGGGCUGCCCGCCAGUGCUAAUGACAACGCCAGUGAUGCCAGUGAUGAUGCCAGUGACGAUGACACCACCAGUGAUGCUAACACAGCGCCCAUGUGGUGUCAGUGAGUUCCACUGUGCCAAUGGGGGCUGCAUCCCAGGGGGAGCCCAGGGUGCCAUGUGCGAUGGCAUCAAUGACUGUGGGGACCUCUCGGAUGAGCUGCCCUGCGGCCUGGCUUCCCGAGGAACAGCCCCUUCAAUGCCCCAGCCAUGCCCCUCAUCCCUCUUCACCUGCCCUGGCACCAGCAGCUGCCUCCUGGCACACCAGAGGUGCGAUGGCAUUGCCGACUGUGCUGAUGGCACCGAUGAGGCUGGUUGUGAGACCCCCCACAGUGUCAGCCCCAUGGUCCCCACUGCUGCCAGUGUCAUAGUGUCAAGUUCCUACCCACCAUCGGUGCCCAAGGGCUCAGUGACCCCCACAGUGCUAGGACAUGCCAGCCUGGAAGGCUCUGAGGAGAGCAGUACACAACCCACCAGGCUGCUAGGCCCCCCUGGCAUCCCAACAACCCCUGGCAUUCCGCCAGUGGGCACCGACUACCCCAAGGGGACACCUGCCACUGGAGCCCUUCCGGUGUCUCUUUGGCAAACGGCACUGACAGUGGGCACUGAACUGGCACCUCCAGGCUCUGCCAGCCCUCCGGUCGGGGGUCCCCCCUCCAGCUGCCCCCCGAAACAGUUCGCCUGCGGCAGCGGGGGGGGCUGCUUGCCCCGCGGGAAGCGCUGCGACCUCCGCCCCGACUGCCCCGACGGCUCGGACGAGCGCGGCUGCGCCGACUGCGUGCUGUCGCCCUGGGGCGAGUGGGGGCCCUGCAGCCGCACCUGCGGGCUAGGAGUGACCCUGCGGCUGCGGGUGGAGCUGCGGGGAGCCCUGCCCGGGGGGAGCUGCGACCGCCCCCGCAUCGACACUCGGCCCUGCUUCGAGAGAGCCUGCCCAGUGCCCGGCGGCUGGGCGGAGUGGGGGUCCUGGUCCCCCUGCGACGCCCCAUGCGGGGGGGGUGUAAGGAGCCGGACGCGGAGCUGUAGCGAUCCCCCCCCAAAAAACGGGGGCGAGCCUUGCCCAGGCCCUCCCCUGCAGAGCGAACCCUGCAACCUGCGGCCCUGCGGGGACCCCCCAGCCUGCGCCCCCCCGAUGCUGUUUGUGGGGCCGGGGGGCUGCGAGGUGGGGCACGUCCCCACCUGCCCCCCAACCUGCGGGCACCUGAGCGCCAACGGAAGCUGCCCCGGGGAGUGCCAGGAGGGCUGCCGGUGCCCGCCGGGGCUGUACCUGCAGGAUGGGGGCUGUGUCGUUGCCACCGACUGCCGGUGCCACCUGCCUGGCCGCCAGCUCUUGCCUGGGGAGGCCUUUGCCAGCGGCUGCCAGACCUGGUCACCCACGAACCCCACGGCAGCUGCUGGUGGUGCUCCUUGUGCCGGGCCCAGCCAGGAGGAACGCGAGUGCCAUGAGCCCUGCGUCACCAGUGAAGGUGCCGCAGAGCACAUUGGCACCUCGGAGCACUGGGGAGCCGUGGGCUGCGACCACCUGGCGGGGAGGAUGGAGUGUGCCCAAGAGGACUGCACCGACGGGUGCCACUGCCCCCCCGGUACCCUCCUGCACCGCGGAGCCUGCGUGCAGGAGUGUCCCUGCGUGGUGACGGCAGAGCUGCUGCGGGAGCUGCAGGACGCGGGUACCGCCCCUCCGGCUCCCCCUGGCAGCACCCAUGGCCCCGAGGGCAUCCCUGUCAGCAGCAACACCUAUGGCACCACCCCCCACGGCCCCCACCUUGUCCUGGGCCAGGAGGUGCCCCCGGGCGGCAUCGUCCACGUGGCCUGUGGCAACUGCUCGUGCCAGGAGGGCCGCCUGCACUGCCCACCCGGGGGGUGUCGAGAGGCACACUGGAGCCCCUGGGGCCCCUGGAGUCGCUGCUGGCCUGACUGCGGGGGGGGAGUGGGGGUCAGCACCCGUCGGAGGCGCUGCCCCGGGGACCCCGGCCCGGGCCCGCGCUGCGCCGGGGCCAGCACGGAGAGCAGGUUCUGCCGCAGCCCGCCCUGCGCCGCUGGCACUGUCCCCACGGCUGCCCCCACGGCUGCCCCCAGCCCCACGGCCCCAGACAGCAGGGCCGGGGGGCACUGGGGGCCUUGGGGGCCCUGGACCCCCUGCAGCCGCAGCUGUACCCUCCCUGAGGCUCCGGCCACCAAGAGCCGGCAACGGGACUGCGGGGGGGCUGCGUGGGGCUGCGUGGGGGGCGGCUUCCAGCAGAGACCCUGCAACCUGCCCCACUGCUCAGCUCCCCCCUCGCUUGACUGCCACUGGACCCGCUGGGGGCCAUGGGGGGGCUGCUCCCGGAGCUGCGGCGGGGGGCAGCAGCUCCGCAUCCGCGCCUAUAGCCCCCCCGCCCCGGGGGGCCGCUGGUGUCGCGACAUCCUCCGCGAUAACCUCCAGUACCGAGCCUGCGGGCUGCGAGCCUGCCAGGUGGCCGGUGCCUGGUCCCCGUGGUCGCCCUGGUCCCGCUGUGACCGCAGCUGUGGCGGGGGCCGCUCCGUCCGCAGCCGCUCCUGCACCCGACCCCCCCCAAAAAACGGGGGGCAGCCCUGCCCGGGGGAGCGGCACCAGCUGCGCCUCUGCAACCCCCAGCCCUGCGGCGCUGAGUGCCCUCCCGGCCUGGCGCUGGUGCCCUGUGCCACUCAGUGCCCGCGACACUGCCGGGACCUGCAGCAGGGGCUGGUCUGCGCGGAGGGAGGGUCCUGCCAGCCUGGCUGCCGCUGCCCCAACGGCACCCUGGAGCAGUCGGGGCGCUGCGUGCCCCCCAGCCAGUGUCCCUGCUUGUCCCGGGGAGGACGGCUCUGGGCUGCCGGGAGCCGGUCCCGGGCCGGUUGCUGGAGCUGCCGCUGCAGCGGGGGGGUUCUGAGCUGCACGCCCAGGAGCUGCCCCCCGCCGCGCUGCGCCUUCAGCCGCUGGAGCAGCUGGGGACCCUGCAGUGCCACCUGCGGGGCGGGCACAAGGGAACGCUACAGGACGCGGAUCGCAGGGCGCUGCGGGGGCGCGGAGCGGCAGAGCCGGGCGUGCCAGGAGGGGCCGUGCCCCCCCCUUUGCCCCUGGGCUGGGGGCGAGUGGCGCCUGGGCGAGAGCUGGAGCCGGGGAGACUGUGAGCGCUGCACCUGCACCCCCGAGGGCCCGCAGUGCCAGGCCACCCCCUGUGCUGACUGUGUGUGGGGUGCCUGGAGCCCCUGCAGCCGCUCGUGUGGCACUGGCCUGGCCAUGCGGGAGGCCACCUGCACCCACCCUGAUGGCACCCACGGGGGUGGCACCCCUGCCAACGGCACACAUGGAGGUGGCACCCACAGAAGUGGCACUCACAGCAAUGAUGCUCGUGGCCGUGGCACCCAUGGCAAUGACACUCAAGAAGACAGCAUCCAAGGCAAUGUCAUUCAUGGCAAUGGCACCCUUUACAAUGGCACCUAUGGUGAUGGCACCCAUGGCAAUGGCACCCACCGGGAGGUCAAGGCCUGUUACUUGCGCCCAUGCCCAGAUGCUUGCCCCUGGGGCCCCUGGAGCCACUGGACCCCCUGCUCCUGCCAGACCCCCUGGCAGCACCGACACCGGCACCGUCUGGGCACUGCAGGCUGCGUGGGCACCGAUGGGCAAAGCCGCCCCUGCAACAUCUCAGGGUGCUCAGAGUUGAGCUGUGCACCCCCGUUCCAGUACCAGCCCUGUGGCCCACCCUGUGCUGGGCUCUGUGCCAGCCUUCAGCACCCGCAGUUCUGCCCAGUGCUCCCCCAGUGCCAGCCUGGCUGCGCCUGCCCACAGGGGCUGCUGGAGCAGGCCGGGGGCUGUGUGCCCCCCUCCCAGUGCCACUGCCUGCACCCCAGUGCCCCCCAGUCCCUGGCCGCUGGUGCCCGCCUCUGGCUGGGCUGCAAGGAGUGUGUGUGCCAGAACGGGACCCUGCAGUGCAGUGACAGGGAGUGCUGGGGGCGGCUGCCGCUGAGCCCUUGGUCAGAGUGGGGACCCUGUGGCCCCUGCCAGCUCCUGCCCAUGCUGUGGCCUGGCACUGGGGCACCAAGCCUGGCAUGGCCGGGAGGAGGUACAUCAGAUGGGGGGACACCAGUGCCCGAGUGGACACCAGUCGAGGGGACACCGGAUGGAGGGACGUCGGAUGAGGGGACACUGGUGGCCGAGGGGACACCAGCAGCUGAGUGGACACAGGAUGAAUGGACACUGGUGGCUGAGGGCACACCAGUGACAGAGGGGACACCAGCUGAGUGGACACUGCCUGAGGGGACACUGGUGGCUGAGGGCGCACCAGUUGAGAUGGCACUGGCAACUGAAAGGAUACCAGUGAGCGAGGAGAUGCCAAUGGCUGAUGCAGUGCCAACGAUGGAGGCGACAUCAGCCAAGGGGACAUUGAUGGCUGAGGUGAUACAGCCCAAGGAGGCACCAGCAGAGGUGGCACUGCCCGAGAGGACCUGGGUGGCUUCACUGCAGUGGCGCUACCGAACCUGCCUGGACCCCCAGAGUGGCCUGGCCUGGGGGGGCCCUGUGACCGCCUGCUCGUCUGAGCUGCGCCAGCACCGGCCCUGCCCAGAGACCUCCCUGUGCCAAGAUCUCUGCCUCUGGAGCUCCUGGGGACCCUGGGGACCCUGUCCGGAUCCCUGUGGCGGUGGCUACCGCCUGCGCCAACGCCAAGCCUGGCACCCAGAUGGUGCCUGGCGCUGCCACGGAGCCCAGACCCAGACCCAGAGCUGCCCCAUGGCACCAUGCCCAGGCUGCCAGUGCCCCCCGGGGCAGCUGCUGCAGGACAGGGACUGCGUGGAUGUCACCAUCUCUGGGGACAACGGCACUCGCCAGCUGCCACUGGGGGGGGUGACACAGCAACAGUGCCACAACUGCACAUGCCAGAACGGGACCUUUGCCUGCCCGACGUCGCCGUGUCCCUCCUAUGGGCCAUGGUCACCGUGGGGACCCUGCUCCAGGAGCUGCGGUGGUGGCAACACCUCUCGGCACCGCGAGUGCCACCAGGGUCCCGGCGGGGUGGCCUGCGCUGACACUGGCACCGAGGAGACAGCUGAGUGCAACCAGCAGCCCUGUCCUAGUGAAGAGCACCCCGGGGGCACACACGCCUGUCCCACUGGUGAGCUGUGGCAAGACCCAGAGCUGCCCUAUGGCUGCAACCAGAGCUGCCAGGACAUUGGGCAUGAGCCCCCACAUGACUGCCCCGUGCCACUGGCUGCUGGCUGUGUCUGCCAGCGUGGGCACUACCGCAAUGACAGUGGGCACUGUGUCCCGGCUGCCCAGUGCCAGUGCUGGCACCGUGGGGAGCUGCACCAGGCUGGCAGCGAAUGGCAGGAGUUGUGCCAGGCAUGCCACUGUGUGGCUGGGAGAGUGGCCUGUGCCCCCCUGCAGUGCUCCCCACUCACCUGCCCUGAGGGCUCGGUUAAGGUCCGGGAGCCAGGUGGCUGCUGCCCUGUGUGCCGAGAGCUGUGGCCAGAUGUGUCCCCCUCCACGUGCCAUCGCAUCACUGAGCUGCGGAACAUCACCCAGGGGCCCUGUGCCCUGCCUGGGGUCAGCGUCUCCUCCUGUGUUGGGCACUGCCCGUCCCGCACUGCUGUCACCACACAGGAACCGUACCUGCGCAGCCUGUGCCAGUGCUGCAGUUACCAGCUGGACCCUGCCAGCCCUGUCCGCACCCUGCAGCUGCUCUGCCCAGGAGGGGGCACCCGGCCCGUGCUGCUGCCCCGGAUCAGUGCCUGCCACUGCUCCUCAUGCCAGGGUGGGGAUUUUUCCCAGCGCUGACCCGGCACAGCUCCUGCCCUGGCAACACCCCUGGGAGCUGGGAGAUGUUUCUGCCUUCUUUCUGCUCAGGCUCCCUCAGACCCGGGGGGACCUUCCCUCAGAACCUGCAG